AUGAAUGGAAAAGCGUCGAAUGCUAUUAUUACAGAUCAAGAUCGUGCAAUGAAAAAUGUGAUCACCAUUGUUUUUCCCAACACGCGGCAUAGAUAUUGCUUGUGGCACAUAUUGCGAAAGGUGCCUGAGAAACUUGGUUCCCAUGCUCAAUACAAAUGUGGCCUAAAAAGUAAGUUGCUAUCUUGUGUCUAUGACUCACUUACAAUCGAGGAGUUUGAGAAUUCUUGGAACAGCCUCAAGGAUAGUUUCAACUUACAUGAUAAUGUAUCGUUGCAAAGCUUAUAUGCGGAAAGAGAGUUUUGGGUGCCAGUAUAUUUAAAGAACUCGUUUUGGGCUGUAAUGAGUACAACUCAACGCAGUGAGAGUAUGAAUGCUUUCUUCGAUGGCUACGUGCAUGCUAGGAUAAUCCUUAAAGAGUUUGUUGAUCAGUUUGACAAUGCAUUAAAGAAAAAAAUUGAGAACGAAAACCAAGUUGACUUCAAUUCAUUUAACUUCACCAUUACUUGCAUAUCACACUUGGCUCUUGAGAAGAAGUUUCAAUAUGUAUACAUAAAUUCAAAAUUUAGGGAGGUUCAACAAGAGAUAACAGGAAUGAUAUAUUGUCAUUGUCGUUUCGAGAAAAUGGAUGGAGUAAUCGCAACUUACUUGGUCGAUGAUCAAGUUAAGGCUAAAGAUUUCAUCAAGGAGGUUAUGUAUCCUCUUUACUUUAAAGAGACCGAAUGUGAGGCGAAGUGCCUUUGUGGGUUGUUUGAGAUGCGAGGGAUAAUAUGUAGACAUAUUCUUGCCAUAUUUUCAGCUAAGAAAGUUCGUGAGUUGCCGGAAAAGUACAUAUUAGAUUGGUGGAGAAAAGACAUAAAACGUAAGUAUACUAUUAGUUUGAGUAGUUAUGACGUUGCUGAUCAGAGACCCAAAACUGUUAGGUAUAAACGUAUAUUGAAACUUUCAAUGAGGUAA